AUGAUACAAUCGCCGGCGGCAACGAUGACGUCCCCGCCAACGACAAAAAGUACCGAGAAGUAUCGGAUCAACGGCAACGGCGAUAACAAUCAAAAUAAUAAUAAUAUCGGUGGGAAUCAUCGGGGGAGUAGAAUGGGGGAGACGGCGGGGGAGUGCGCGGCGGUUUGGUGCUGCUGUCCAUGUGCCAUGAUGCACCUUUUGAUCCUCGCCGUCUACAGGCUCCCUGCAGGACUCUGGAGGAAAAAGAAGAGGAAAAGAUUAUUGAAGCUAAAGAAGAGGAAAAAUUCGUCGGAGGAAAAGGAAAAUCCAGCGAAAAAGAAGAGUGGAAUCCAGUUCGAUUUAGGAGAAACUGAUGAAUCGACGGAAGUUGAAGAUUGUAGCAAUAACAACCAUGACGGAAAAUCCGAAACCCUUGAUUGGGACAGGGAGAUGUGGGACCGGUUCUACGGGGCCGGGUUUUGGAGAAGUACUUCACAAAGAGAUGGCGACUGA